GCCCGCCCCUCGGCGCCGGAGCCCGAGCCCGCGGAGGGCGCAGGGCGGCGGGCGGCGCAGGCGGCACAGGCGGCGCGGGUGGGAAAGGAUGCGGCCGCAGCCGCGGGGCCGCCGCCGCGUCUGACAGCCGAGCGCACGGAGCGCAGCGUCGCUGCGGCCCGGCCGCGCCAUGGGGAAGGAGCAGGAGCUGGUGCAGGCGGUGAAGGCGGAGGACGUGGGCACCGCGCAGAGGCUGCUGCAGAGGCCGCGGCCCGGGAAGGCCAAGCUCCUGGGCUCCACCAAGAAGAUCAAUGUCAACUUCCAGGAUCCAGAUGGCUUCUCAGCCCUGCACCAUGCUGCCCUGAAUGGCAACACAGAGUUGAUCACCUUGUUGCUAGAGGCUCAGGCUGCUGUGGACAUCAAGGACAACAAAGGAAUGCGACCCUUGCACUAUGCAGCCUGGCAGGGCCGGAAGGAGCCCAUGAAGCUGGUGCUGAAGGCCGGCUCGGCAGUGAACGUUCCAUCUGAUGAGGGUCACAUUCCUCUGCACCUCGCAGCUCAGCAUGGUCACUACGACGUGUCUGAGAUGCUGCUGCAGCACCAGUCCAACCCGUGCAUGGUGGACAACUCGGGGAAGACGCCCCUGGACCUGGCCUGUGAGUUCGGCCGCGUCGGGGUGGUCCAGCUGCUGCUGAGCAGCAACAUGUGCGCGGCCUUGCUGGAGCCCCGGCCAGGGGACACUACCGACCCCAAUGGCACCAGUCCCCUGCACCUGGCAGCCAAGAAUGGCCACAUCGACAUCAUCAGACUCCUCCUUCAGGCUGGCAUCGACAUCAACCGCCAGACCAAAUCCGGCACAGCUCUGCAUGAGGCUGCGCUCUGCGGAAAGACGGAAGUGGUCCGGCUACUGUUGGACAGUGGGAUCAAUGCCCAGGUGAGAAACACCUACAGCCAGACGGCUCUAGACAUCGUGCACCAGUUCACCACGUCUCAGGCCAGCAAAGAGAUCAAGCAGCUGCUGCGAGAGGCCUCGGCAGCCCUGCAGGUCCGGGCGACCAAGGAUUAUUGCAACAAUUACGACCUGACCAGUCUCAACGUGAAGGCAGGAGACAUCAUCACAGUCCUGGAACAGCAUCCAGAUGGCCGGUGGAAGGGCUGUAUCCAUGACAACCGGACGGGCAACGACCGUGUGGGCUACUUCCCAUCCUCACUGGGUGAGGCUAUCAUCAAGAGAGCAGGUUCCCGAGCAGGGAGCGAGCCAAGCCCACCCCAGGGAGGCGGCUCAGCGGGGCCCUCUGCGCCCCCAGAGGAGAUCUGGGUGCUGAGGAAGCCUUUUGCAGGUGGAGACCGAAGUGGCAGCUUAAGCAGUGCAGCUGGUGGCCGGAGUGGAGGGAGCCAUGCCCUACAUACAGGCUCCGAAGGAGUCAAGCUCCUGGCAACAGUGCUUUCCCAGAAGUCUGUCUCUGAGUCCAGCCCCGGGGAUAGCCCUGUCAAGCCUCCAGAAGGCUCCACAGGUGCUACCAGGUCCCAGCCUCCAGCAACCCAUGCUGGGCAGGUCUACGGGGAACAACUGCCCAAGAAGCUAGAGCCAGCCUCGGAGGGCAAGAGUGCGGAGGCGGUCAGCCAGUGGCUCGCCACGUUCCAGCUGCAGCUCUAUGCCCCCAACUUCACCAGUGCUGGCUACGACCUGCCUACCAUAAGCCGCAUGACUCCUGAGGACCUCACAGCUAUUGGUGUCACCAAGCCAGGCCACCGGAAGAAGAUCACUGCAGAGAUCAGUGGCCUGAGCAUCCCUGAUUGGCUGCCUGAACACAAACCCGCUAAUCUGGCCAUGUGGCUGUCCAUGAUUGGCCUGGCCCAGUACUACAAGGUGCUGGUGGAUAACGGCUAUGAGAACAUCGACUUCAUCACGGACAUCACCUGGGAGGACCUGCAGGAGAUCGGCAUCACCAAGCUGGGACACCAAAAGAAGCUGAUGUUGGCAGUGAGGAAACUGGCGGAGCUGCAGAAGGCAGAAUAUGCCAAGUAUGAGGGGGGACCACUACGCCGGAAGACACCUCAGUCGCUUGAGGUGAUGACCAUUGAGUCACCGCCCCUGCCAGAGCCUGCCCCAGCUGAAUGCCAGUCCCCUAAGAUGACCACCUUCCAAGACAGUGAGCUCAGUGGUGAGCUGCAGGCUGCCAUGACUGGCCCAGCUGAGGGGGGUGCAGUGGCUGCUGAGAAGCCCUCCAACCACCUGCCCCCCACCCCGAGGGCUACCAUGCGGCAGGAGCCCAGCCUAGGUGGACGGGCUCGGCACAUGAGCAGCUCUCAGGAGCUGCUGGGUGAUGGGCCCCCUGGGCCUGGCAGCCCCAUGUCACGAAGCCAGGAGUACCUGCUCGAUGAGGGGCCAGCCCCAGGCACUCCACCCAAGGAGGCCCGGCCAGGCCGCCAAGGUCACAGCAUCAAGAGGGCCAGUGUGCCCCCAGUGCCUGGCAAACCACGGCAAGUCCUCCCACCAGGCGCCAGCCACUUCACACCCCCACAGACGCCCACCAAAGCCCGGCCAGGCUCCCCUCAAGCCCUAGGGGGACCUCAUGGUCCAGCCCCAGCCACAGCCAAGGUGAAGCCCACCCCACAGCUGCUGCCACCAACAGAGCGACCUAUGUCGCCCCGCUCCCUGCCUCAGUCACCCACACACCGUGGUUUUGCCUAUGUGCUACCACAGCCAGUGGAGGGAGAAGUGGGGCCAGCUGCUCCAGGGCCUGCACCCCUACCCGUGUCAGCGGCUGUGCCCACGCUAUGCCUGCCCCCGGAGGCUGAUGUGGACUCUGGGCGGCCCAAGAAGCGUGCUCACAGCCUGAAUCGCUAUGCGGCAUCUGACAGCGAGCCUGAGCGGGAUGAGCUGCUGGUGCCCACCGCCACGGGACCCUAUGCCACGGUCCAGCGACGUGUGGGCCGCAGCCACUCAGUGAGGGCACCCACUGGUACCGACAAGAAUGUCAACCGCAGUCAGUCCUUUGCUGUGCGCCCCCGCAAGAAGGGACCCCCACCGCCCCCACCCAAGCGCUCCAGCUCAGCCAUGGCCAGUGCCAACCUGGCUGAUGAACCGGCUCAGGAUGCCGAGACUGAGGAUGGCCGGCUGGGGGUACGGGCACAGCGCAGGCGGGCUAGUGACCUGGCUGGCAGCGUGGACACAGGCAGUGCUGGUAGCGUGAAGAGCAUUGCAGCCAUGCUUGAGCUGUCUUCUAUUGGGGGUGGAGGUCGUGCUGCUCGCAGGCCUCCUGAGGGCCACCCCACACCUCGUCCCGCUAGCCCAGAGCCGGGCCGGGUGGCGACAGUGCUGGCCUCAGUGAAGCACAAAGAGGCCAUAGGGCCUGAUGGUGAGGUGGUGAACAGGCGCCGCACACUCAGUGGGCCUGUCACGGGACUUUUGGCCACUGCCCGCCGGGGAUCUGGGGAACCUACAGAGCAGGGCCACUUUGUGGAGGAUGGUGCUACCCGGCAGCGUCCUCGAGGGCCGGGCAAGGGCGAGGUGGGCUUAGAGGGUCCACCUCUGGCCAGGGUGGAGGCCAGUGCCACACUGAAGAGGCGCAUCCGGGCCAAGCAGAGCCAGCAGGAGAAUGUCAAGUUCAUCUUGACAGAGUCUGACACCGUCAAGCGCAGGCCCAAGGCCAAGGAACGGGAGGUGGGGCCAGAGCCGCCCCCACCGCUAUCCGUGUACCAAAAUGGCACGGCCACCAUGCGCCGCAGACCGGCCUCAGAGCAGACUGGGCCCCCGGAGCUGCCCCCCCCACCCCCACCUGCUGAACCCCCUCCCACCGACCUGGUGCACCUGCCUCCACUGCCCUUGCCUGAUGGUGAUACCCGGAAGCCUGCAAAGCCGCCUGUCUCUCCCAAGCCCGUCCUGGCUCAGCCUGUGCCCAAGAUCCAGGGUUCACCUACGCCUGCCUCUAAGAAGGUGCCACUGCCAGGCCCCGGCAGCCCAGAGGUGAAGCGCGCCCACGGCACGCCGCCGCCCGUGUCACCCAAGCCGCCUCCGCCGCCCACGGCACCCAAACCGCCCAAGGCCGCGGCCGGGCUGCAGUCGGGCAGCGCCAGCCCGUCGCCCGCGCCCUCGCCGGCGCGCCAGCCGCCCGCUGCCCUGGCCAAGCCGGCCAGCACGCCACCGUCGCAGAGCGCCAGCCCCGCCGCGCCCCCGUCCCCCGGCGUGCCCGUGCUGCACGUGCCCGCUAAGCCCCCGCGCGCCGCCACCGUCGUGGCCGCUGGGCCUCCCGCCGCGCUGGACGGCGCUUCGCCCGGGGACAGCGCGAGGCAGAAGCUGGAGGAGACAAGCGCGUGCCUGGCUGCGGCGCUGCAGGCGGUGGAGGAAAAGAUCCGGCAGGAGGACGGCCAGGGCCUGCGCCCCUCAGCGUCCGCGGAGAAGAGCACGGGCAGCAUCCUGGACGACAUCGGCAGCAUGUUCGACGACCUGGCGGACCAGCUGGACGCCAUGCUGGAGUGAGGCGGCCGCCCACAUCGGGCCCGCCGCGUCCCCGGCUCGGGCCCGCACACUGACCUUUACCUCAGGACGGGCACCUCCCGGCGGCGGGGGCGGGGAGUGGCGUGUUGCCCAGCUCCUGCACAAGCACAACUCCUGCCCCUGGCUCAGGCCGGGCACUAGCCUGUAGGACAGCCUGGCCGGGGGCUCCAAGGGCUCUGGGCAGACGCGCUGCCCCCGCGGGUGCCCGUCCCUGUCUGCUGCUCACAGUGCAAUAACUGCUGGGC